AUGCCGGCGGCUUGGUUUCGCUUUAAUUACACGCGCGAAUGCGUGCGACGGGAAUGCGUCCGCUGCAAUGAGUGGCGCGGAUACGUGCGAGCCGCGAGCGCUGGCGUUGUUGGCAUUGCGGCGGCGUUGGCACUUGGCAGUUGGCACGGUGCCCGCGCAGCCGCCAGUGCCCGGAGAGCCGGCUCGACCGCCGCUUGCGCCGCGCCCGCCCCACGCCGCAACCGUCGCAACGUCAGGUGGCCUACGAGGUGUAAGCGUUGCUUUCGUGACUAUAAGGAGCACGGCGGCGGCCGAAAACGGGAAGAUGACUUUGCAGCCUCAACACCAAGUCUCUCCACUUGGAGCUCACCAGCCUCACGAAAUCGUGAUGAAGAUGUUCCAGCCGGGGAGAAAACAGGACGUGGCUGGGCUUCCAGUACAAACCUUAGCUCCAUCGAACCUUCCAAAAAAGACUCAUUCUCCACAGGCUUAAAUAAAACCAGUACCACAUGGACAUCAACACCAGAUCUGGCAAAUGACAAUGACUCCACAACCGCAGUCACCGUCAGCCUUAAGUUACCCAAACGACGAUCCACGGGUCCACUACCCGCCUUGGAUACUGGCCAGAAUGUCACAGACACGGUGUCAGUGCGUCGACCUUCGCCGUCACCACCCCCGGCAGCCGUAGCCAGCAUCACCAUCAACAAGAAUGACUCACUCGCCGAACGCGUCCGAAAGAUGCAACUAUUAAAAUCACAAAAUAGUUUUGAAAAGGAGUCAAGUAUAGAGAAGGAAAGAGAUAAAAGAAGCGCAUCCAGAAGUAAAGAAGAAGAGAAAUCAAUUAAAAUAAAAGAAGAACGGUCGUCAGCAACAGACGACGUUAAUUUUUUAAUUCAGGUUAAAAGUUCUCGAAAUGUGUCAUCGACUUCCAAACCUCCUAUUAGAGGCGGGCCUUCGCGUGAUAAAGACGAAACUUCGGACGAUGAUGCCAGCACCACCGGAACAAUAACAACAGAUACAACGCUCGUCGAUGCCAACAUAAAAGAUUAUCAGGACCAAAUAGAAAGUUUAAAACAAGAAGUGGACAUGCUUAAAAGAAGAUGCGAACGAGUGGAAAAAGAAAAAAGUGAUAUUCUACUUAGAAGAUUAGCUAAUAUCGAUACUGCUAAUAAAUAUACCACAGGUCGAUCUUCUGAAGUUCUAAAGUUGCAGCAAAAAGUAAACGAACUCAGUACACAGAAUGAAGACUUAAAAGACGAAAAAAAACAUCUUACACUUAGGAUUAGAGAGGUUGAAGCAGAACUUGAGUCACGGCCGUCGACGGAAGCACAGACAAAACAGAUCGAGCAAUUGCGAGCGAAAUUAUUAGCUGCAGAAACGUUAUGUGAAGAGUUAAUGGAUGAAAACGAGGACAUGAAAAAGGAGUUAAGGGAUCUUGAGGAGGAAAUUGAGGAAAUGCAAGAUAAUUUUAGAGAAGAUCAGGCAGAUGAAUAUUCUUCUUUGCGAAGAGAAUUAGAGCAAACAAUAAAGAACUGUAGAGUUUUAUCUUUUAAAUUAAAAAAGACUGAAAGAAGAGCUGAACAGCUAGAAGUCGAGAAGGCGGACCAAGAAAAGAAACUUUUAGAGUUAGUUGGUGGUCAGGAAGGGAUGCAGCGUGAAAAUCGGAUCAAGGAAUUAGAGCAAGAAGUCGCUCGUUCCACAGAAGUUUCGUUACGACUGCAACGCGACCUUGCAGAAGCCAAUGCAAAACUUGCCGCAGUAUCUGGUGCUCCUCCAGCCAACUUAAAGAAACACACACCACCCGCUGAUGGUCAAAAGGUUUCACGAUCGUCAUUAACACGUGGCGGCAGUCAGGAAGAUCCAGCUCAGCUAUUGCGAGACUUACAAGACUCGUUGGAACGCGAGGCUGAUUUACGCGAGCAACUACGCAACGCUGAAGAAGAGGCAAAUAAUUUGCGUAAAACUGCAUCAAGGGUUGAAGACGACAAUGAGUCAUUACUUCUACAGCUGAAGAAAAUGGCUACCAAAGCCAGAAGCCGAAAACUUUCUCCAACACCUCCAAGUAAUAGGCUCGCUAUUGAAGCACCUAAUGAAAAAGAUGAAGGAAUAUCUGAUGAAGAAGAUCCAGCAGAAUUACGACUUUUACUUGAACUUAACGAACAGGAGUCAGCAGUCUUACGACGAAAAGUCGAGGAUUUAGAACAGGAUAGAGAUACGUUAAAAAAACAAGUUAGGGAACUAACGGAAAAACUUUCAAGUCAAAGUAACAAACAAAAUACUAAUUCAUCCACUGGCCUAAGGAGAAGUACAGGAAAAGCAAAUAAUUUAGCAGAAGAAAAGGUUAAAGUUUUAGAAGAUGAAAUUGCCGAAUUACGAAAAAAAUUGAUUGAGAAAGAGAGAGACUGCGAAAGGCUACACGCAGAACUUACUCUUGCCCAAAAAAAACCAAAAGCUUCAUUAAUGAAAAGCAAGUCUCUCGAUGGGCCAAGUGAUUUGCAAAAUGUAGAUUUGAAAAGGCAACUGCAAGUUAUUGAACAAGAGGCAAAUGUUUUAAGAGCCAAAACACAAAGCCUUGAAGCGGAUAAUGAAAAAUUACAAUCGGAAAAUAAAAAAUUACAGCUGUUAAAAAAUACCAAAAAUUUUAAAUCUGAUAAAAAUUUAGAGCAAACUUCGGUAAAGAUUAAUCAAUUAGAAAAUGAAUUGAAGGAAGCAUUGGCAAAAAUAAAGGAUUUGGAAAAUAUUAAAGAAAAAGAAGAGAAGACUGAAAAAAAAGUGCGAUUUGGUACUGAUGUAAAUAAAAAAGAUAUUGAUAGCCUUAAGUUAAAACAAGAAGAAUUUGAUAAACUAAAACUAAAUUACAGCAAGAUAGAGAAAGAAAAAGCCAAAUUGCAAAUUUCACUAAAAGAAUUAAAAGAAGACGCAAUUAAAGUAUUUAAACCCAGGACUCCGAAAAAACCGACUGAAUUGACAACUAAAUUGCAAAUGAAAAAAAUGGUGGAAGAAUUAGAGAAUGAAAUAGGUGAAAUGUACGUUAUAAUGAAGAAUGCGGGUCUCAAUUCUCAAGAAAUUAGUUCCAAAGCCAAUUUAAAUAAGGAUAUUGAAGAGUUAAGGUCAAAACUGUCUCGCAAUGAAGCUGAAUUCAAAAAUGAAAAAAAUCGCCUUCAAACAGAAAUCGGAAAGUUGAAAGACCUCAACACAAAAUUGGAAGCAGAAAAAAAUACCUAUGUGGAAAAAUGCAAAGUCCUAGAAGUAGAAAACAAUAAGAUUACUGCCGAUUCUAAAACACUUGCAGAAGAAAAGAAAACUUUAGAGACUCAAAUCUCUAAACUAAACGCGGACUUAAAAAAGACUUCGACACAUCAAACUGCAAUGUCCGAUUGUAUGAAAAAAAUCGAAGACCUUAAAAAGGAAAUGGAUUCUAAAGAUAAAGAAAUAGAAAAGUUGAAAAAACAAAUAGACAAUAUUAAUAAGUUAGAGCAAGAUAAAAAUAAACUGCUCAAAGAGGUUGGUGACAAAACGAAAAAAAUCACGGAUUUAGAAAAAAAACUCAAGGACACCGAAGAAAAAUAUAAACGGAAUGAAAAAUUAUUAGCCACCCAAAAAGAUCGAGUGUCUAAGUUACAGAAAGAGGAGGAUACAAUAGGGGAAACAACUAAUCAGAAUAAUGACCAUCCAGUUUCGUCGACAGAACUUUUAGAACUUAAAGAGAAAUAUGAUAACUUAAACAAAGAAAUUCAAGACAAAGAACAAGAAUUAACAAAUACUAAACAAAAGUUAAAUAAAGUGGAAAAAGAUAAUUCUGAUAUACAAGAAGAAAUAUCUCGGCUGAAACUUCAAAUAAAUAAAUUUGAAAUUGAAAGAAAAGAGCUGGAAAAUAAACUUCAAGCGGAAAAAAAAGAGUCUAAUUAUUGGGAGAAGAAAACAUCUGAUCUUGAAAGUGAUUUACAGGUUGAGCGGAAAAAAAUAGAUCGGAUAAGAAUUGCUCAUGACAAAGAUAUCAAGAAUAAAGAAGCUGAAUUAGCUACUCUUAAAGGCAAAGUAAAAAUAUUGGAACAGAAUUUCGGAACAGGAGCAAAGAAAUUAACUGAUCUGAAACAAGAAUAUGAAGAAAACAUCAAAAAACUGGAGCAUUCGCUGGCUGUAGAAAAAGCAGAAUACGAAGAAUUAACGGGUAAAUAUGAAUUACUAGAAGAAGAACACGUAGUAACCAAAGCGCGACUUACUGUUGAGAAAGAACAAGCGCAAGGUGAACUGAUACAUGUACGAAAAGAAUUAAAUUCUGCACUAUCGGAACUAAAGAUGCUCCAAGAAAAACUGGAAACACAAACUACAAUUUUAAAUAAGGAAAAAUCUGAAUUACAGAACGAGAUAUCAUCACUGCAAGAAAGAUUGUGCGGUGGUGGAUGGGAAGUUGAAAAAGCACGACUCAACGCCCGCUUGGAACAGCGCGAGCGCGAACUUCGCGACGCGCACGACCAACGUGAUGUACUCUCCCAUCAUCAUGACCUCACUAAAAAAGAGUUAGAUGAAGCCCGUAAGAAACUAGAGGACUACGAGAAAGUUAGCAAAAUCCACAGGAAUUUAUCGGCAGACAACGUAGAAUUAGAACGCGAAUUGACCGCAUUGAAUACCAGAUUGGAGCAGGCAGAUAAAGCGAGGAAAUCAGAAUUAGCUGACACAAAAAUGAGAUAUGAAGGACAAAUGAACACCAUGCGAGAGGAAUUAAAAUCUCUACAUAAUCAGGUGUCUAGAUUUAGAAGGGAACGUGAUAAUUACAAACAAAUGUUGGAAGCAGCCCAAAAAACAAUGGACGAAUUGAAAAGUGGCGAAAAGAGACCACACCGAGCGUCUAUAUCAAGCACCGACGAGGAGGAGUAUCGAAACAAAGUCGCUGUUUUGGAACAGCAAAUGGCGUGUCUUGAAGAUGAACUGUGCGAGGCACGGCUGCUGUCUUCAAAACUCAAUACCGAGCUGGUCAGUGAGCGGUCACAAGCCGAAGUUAGACUGGCCGAGAUGCAGUCGCGUUUGAACGAAUACGAGGAGGAGCGUCUGAUGUCGUCAGGGCGGGCGCGUGUUGCCGGGCUCGCGACGCGAAUGGAGCUGGCGUGGCACAAAGAGCGCGAUGAGCAGCAACGGCUGUUGCAAGAGACGUCGACGCUGGCGAGGGACUUGCGACAGACGCUCUUCGAGGUGGAACGAGAAAGAGACAAGGAAAGGUUGGAUAUGAAGCGUCGGAUAGAACAGCUAAAGCGAACGACAGAAGAGGAGAUCGAAGAGGCCAAGAAAAAGGUGACGGAGCUGCAGUGCGACCUGCUCGAGCUUCGCGACGCGCACGCCAAGCUGCGCACCGCCAACGAGAAGCUCCGCCGCGACAAGGAGCGCCACGACCGCGACCGCGACCAGAACAGGCUGCUGGUCGCCUCGCUCAAGCGCGCCCAGCAGGAAGAUGACAGAGUUAUCAAUCAACUACUGGAGACUAUAGACGACCUGAUGAAACAAAGUCCUGAUUUGUUCCGCAACGAACCAUCAGUGAAGCCAGAAAAGAGUCUUAUGACACCAACACCACCAAGGCGCAACAGGUCGUCCAAGUCGCGGUCGCGGUCCGCGACGCCGGAGAGCGCGGAGGGCGCGGCGGGGGGCGCGGCCGCGACCGCCGCGCGCCUGCGACGCCUCACCGACGAGCUGCGCGCCUCGCGCAUCGCCGAGCGCACGCGCCGCCAGCAGACCGCCGGCGCGCGACGGGGCAUGACUGCAGAGCCGCGAGACUCCAUGUCAGUGACUCCAGCAAGCCGUACACCUUCGCGAGCACCAUCCCUCAAGAAACGUUCUGUGUCUCUUGAACAGACCACAAAAGAUCAAAGCUUAAUAUGGAUGUCAGUAGACGAAGGUAGCGUGUCAUCUAUGCAAUCGUUAGAUGGUGAUCCUGACUCACGCCUCUUUACUAUGCCGCGGGAUUCAAGUCUCGACAGCCGUUUAUCAGGCGGAUCAACGCAGAGCGAUGUGUUACCAACAGAAAAGAAAAAAAAGAAGAGCAUUUUUGGCAAACUCAAGAAACUUACAAAAUCACGCUCUGUGGACGAUCACGUAGAGAGCGCGGAUUUUAGACCGAUAAGCACUGUUUCACAGGGUUCCGAUUCCGAUAUGAGUGCCACAGGAAGCAAACGAGAUUUACGAGGCCGAAUUUCAGACAUGUUCAGUAGAAAAGGACAAGUAUCCCGCGCUAACAGUAAGGAACAGAGUCCAGAUCGCGCAAGUUCCGCGGCAAGUACGACGAGCACCACCAAACCGAUCCUGCGAAACGCCAGUUCCACCACUCUGCCACGCGCCUCUCCCGCUAAGCCGAACGACACGCGAGGACCGAGAGCUACUAGCACAACUCCAGGCACGAAGAGGAAAGGGAAA